ACACGACGUAUCAUUUUAAAACCGGAAAUCAAACAGUGCUUCAGAUAGCCAUUUGAGCCAAGUCCGGUCUGUUUAUUCUCGUUCAUUUCAAGUGGCAAAGAUGUUGUCUAUUUUCAAGUCCAUUCCCACGCACAUGGAUUACAAGGGCCAGAAACUGGCUGAACAAAUUUUCCAAGGAAUAAUACUCAUCUCAGCGGUGAUUGGAUUCGUGUAUGGUCUUAUCAUUGAGCAGUUUGGGUGGACAGUUUACAUCGUUUUGGGUGGUUUUGCUGUGUCCUGUGUGUUGACUCUGCCCCCCUGGCCUAUGUUCAGAAGGAAUCCCCUGUCCUGGCAGCCAGCUUUACCAGAGACCAGCAGCGAGUCCAUCCAAAAACCUCAGGAAAGCAAGAGGAAGAAGAACAAGUAACUCAGAACUGUCCCUGCCCGGCUGUUAAUACACCUUUUUAUAUUGGAAAUUACUCUGAAGUUUGUCUCCCAGUUCCCAUGUAAAGCGUUAGGAAGGAAAACUUUGUUACAGUGUUCAUCAAUCAACAAUGAAAUACUUGUGUCCAGUAAUAAACAACUGAUACUGUA